AUGCGCACGUCUCCUCGCCUGCGCCUGGCCGGCGGCGCGGUCGCGCUAAUUCUCGCACUGGUCUUCCGGCGGCUCAUUCUCCAGACGCUCCUCUUUCCACUCUUCCUUUGUGCUGCAGUGGUGGCCGGCGUGGCUAUAGUCAUUACGACUGUUACACAAGCCGACAGGCGUAGCCCACCGCUUUCCUUUGUCGAUCGACAACGCGCCGCAACUCGUCCACUGGCGUUCGCAUCGACACCAGAGUGGCCAGCUCACGUUGCCGCUUUUGCCGCCGAGGACAGCGACGACCAAAUCUUUGAGCCCGUCCAUGGUUUGGCGACGGAUAACGUCUCUACACGACUGGACAAACUUCUGACACUUAUCCGCGGCUCGUUCAUCCUGCCGUGGUACGUGCGUAUCUCGCCCAGUCGCGCAUUCCCGGACGCCAUCGAGCGCAAUGUGCGCAUAGCGUUGACGGCCGUCGCUCACCGCGUCGAGGUGGUGGACUGGCCAUCGCUCGUUGUCUCACGCGUGCUGCCUAUUGUCACCGACCAUUUGCAGCACUACAAGACGAUUGAGCACUUAGCCGCCCCUGUCGGCAGCAAGACCACUGCCUCGCUCCCCCUCCCCCUUUCCGACAAGGCACACCCGGCCCUCGCACCCCAGAUUCAAGUCAGUGCCGAGGCCAACAUUCCCUCUGUCGAAGCACACCUGCGUGUGAUUGUCGAGCGGAUCAUCGCCGAUGUCAUGCCGCCGCACGAGCAAUCCGAGGUGGUGUCCAUCCUCGUCCGGGAAAUUGUCCUCGGCGCAAUCCUCGUGCCCGUGUUCAACAUGCUCUGCGAUAGCGACUUUUGGAAUCGCCAGAUUGAUGAGCAGGGUGGAAAGUACCUGUACAGGAGAAAACAAGUCAACAGAGUCUUGUCUGCGCUGUCUGCCGUGCCGGCUGCGGGCACGCCUUCCCCGUCACGUAUCCGCAAGCAGCAAGGUGCCUCGACCAUCACUGUGCACUCUACGACCAAACAGUUUGACGAGUUUAUGAGGUCUAUCCCCAAGCUCAAGACACUGGGCGAGGCGCGUCGUUUACGAGCCGACCUGAACCGUGAACUGCGGUCUGCUCGCGCUGCACAAAAGAUUGCGGCUACCAUAACAGACGCUCAAGGUGACCAGGCGUUGAGGCGUGCAGACAGGUAUAUCCGCCGCCUUGAGCGGGCUAGGACCCACAUUGAUAGGCGUAUUGUCGCACUGUCUGGUGGCUCGUCCCCGCGCGGCUCCUCACCGGCCACCGACUCGCCCACUGUCAUCAGAAUGGUUUCUGCCAACCUGUACACGAUCCUCUCCGACCCGUCUUCCCUCGCCUACUGGCUCGAGUACAUGGAACGUCGCGGGCGGUCACACUUGGUUCAGUUCUGGCUCCUGAUUGAAGGAUUCAAGGACCCCCUCGAAGCUUCGGGCCAAAUGCUUGCCCUGGAGAAUGUCGAAGGCCCCGACUCGCGUCCGGGAGCCAACGACGCGACCAUUGGUGACGACACUGCCUUUCUCAACAAUGCCUACUUUGUCAACUCGACUCCCAAGAUUGUCAUCUCCCCCAAGCUCGUGGCUGACAUCUCGUACACUGCAACUCACGUUGGACCGCUCAGCCCUCAGGACGUGAUCCGCGCCAAAAAGGCAGUCUACCGUGCCCAAAAGGAGGUGUAUGACCAGAUGGAGGAGGAGGACUGGGCAGAGUUUCAGCAGAGCGAGCUGUACCUCAAGGCGCUUGCAGACUUGAAGAAUGCCGCGCCCAAGGUGCGCCCUGCGAUGCGCUCAGUGUCAUACUCGCCGCCUCCGAGCCCCUCGGUUGCAAAGCUCGCUCCUUCAGCCGCUCCAGUGCGGCGCUUGUCUGACAACCCUUCGAUGCCCCGUCGCCCGUAUCUUGUCAACGGCAGCUUUGCACCAUUGUCAGCCAGCGCGACGACGGCAGUGACGACCGAUAUGAACCCUCCCAUGCGCAAGGUGACCCCCGAGUCGAUGCACUCUGGCGCUUCCAACGGUGGCUCCCCGCGCGCAAUGACGACCCCGACAAUAACGACCACCUCGACACCGCCUCAGCUUCCUUCUUCUUCUUCAGCGGCGGCCGGGAACCGCAGGUCCAUGCACUUUGACUUUCUCAUGGGCGGCGACGACCUUGGUGGAUCAGAAGAACGUGACCGACUGUUUGAAGACGAAGAAGAGGACGAGGCUGCCCUCCUGGAGGCGCAGCGCAUGGAGGAGAUCCAGGCAGCGUUGAAUGAGAUUAUCGCCAACGAAGACAUGUCGUCUAGUCAAGACUUGCGGCGCGGCGCGUCGAGCCAGGACCUCAUGCGUGCCAAAUCUAGCCAGGACCUCUUGCGGUCGUCCAGCCACGACCACCUCCCAAACGCAAGGUUGCUCAAGGGCACCCCAACUCCACCCGAGGUAGACCCUCUGAGCGCUUCCGUCGAGCUUGUUCGCCCCGAUCGCCACCCACUCGCCGGCAACAAGCUGACCUCGCGUUCUGCCGAGGACCUCCAGUCGCUCAUGGGCUCGUCCACCGCUCCCAGUCCCGUCCGUCGCGUGUCACAGUUUGACGCGCGAGCCGUCCGUGGCGCCCGGCGAGUACGUCUUGGCAGUGUCGACAUGGCCACUUCGUCUGCACGUCCCACAAAGAGCAUCUUUGCAGACGAGGACGAUGAUGUGCUGGGGGGCGUUCCCGAUGUUCCCGAGGUCGACGAGGAAGGCGAUGGCGGUGCCGGCGGUGUCCAUCAAGCUGCACCUGGUGAUAUGCAAAUUUCGAUUGAGAUUGGCCGGCUCGGCAACAAAAUCACCGAGCUCACCCAGCAAGACGCGCUCCUCGGCCAGCUCAUUCGACAGGCCGAGUUGACAGGCAACGACAAUGAGCUCAAGUUGCUCCAACGUUCCCGCUCCAGUCUGCAGCGCGAAGUGCGAACUGCGGAAUUCCAGAAGCGCCAGUAUGAGCAGCAAGAAGAGGAGAACCGUCUCGUUCCCGGUCGCACAAAGGUGGACAUUCCACGCACGUCCUUGGCCGACGACGAAGGCCGCCAAGUCGUGCGGUACAAUGUCGAGAUUCGCCAAGUGGAGCCCGACGGGCGCACGCGCCUCUCGUGGAUUGUCACACACCGAUACAACGAGUUUUGGGAGUUGGACCGCGCGAUCCGCGAAGUGGCGGCCACGUCCAACAACAUUGCCUUUGUGGAGGCUGUGCGCACCAAGAUGAAGGAGAUUCCCGGCAAGCGUCUCGUGCCGAGUCUGUCUGCCUCGUUUGUAGAGUCGCGCCGUGCCGGGCUGGAAAAGUACCUCCAGUCGAUCAUUGCGUGCGGACCGCUCUGCGACUCGCUCUUGGUUCGCAACUUCCUCUCACAGUCUUCCGGCGCUGUUACUUCCGAUCUCUCGACCUCCACGGGAUCUUUGGCGGCGUUGCCCACCCACCUCGUCAAGACGCUCUACAAGACCGUCACGAGCUCGCUGGACGAGGCCCUGGUUCCGUCCAUGUUCGACCUCAUGAGCCAGUCUCUCCAGCGGCAGAUCUAUGAGGUUGCGGGCGGUAUCGGAGCCGUCACUGAAGUGAUGCCCAGCGCUCUCAGAGGUGGACCGUGGUGGCAGUCACCGUCAAGCAUGACCGCGCCCCUCCCAUCCAUUGCGUCCAGUACUUUGAUCGCUGGCAACAUGGCCCCGGCCAUUGGUGUCGGCGGUACCCAGCUCUUACAACCACUGGAUGGCGAAUCGGCAGCUGGGAGCUUUACAGCGCCCAUCUGUGACCUCUUCAUUGAGCUCUUUGACCUCAAGGAGAACAACUGGCUGCGCCGCCAAGCCAUCGUUCUCAUCCUGCAGCAGGUCCUGGGAGGCACGAUCGAGCGCAAGGCGCGCGACACGUUCCGUACCUAUUCGUCUGAACACGGCGUGGACAAGGUCCUGCGCGUCUUUCAAGAUACAAUGUGGCCUGGGGGUGUGCGUCGUCCGCCCUCGACCCCGCGCACCGAGCAGGAAAAGCACGAGACGCGCGUGGGCGCCAGCCGCAAGCUCGCGCUGCUCAUGCCGGAUGUCGCGGCCAACAUGAUUGGGCGGGGCAACGCGCGGCGUGCGGCCCAGCGCGUGUUUGGCGCACUGCAGGAUACCAAGAUGAACCAGCAUCUCGUGCUGAGCGUCAUGGACGAGAUCUUUGGCGCGCUGUUUCCGCCCCCAGCCAAGUAA